AUGCGAUGCGCGAGCAAGGCCGCCGAGAGCGCGUCUGCACGUCUCUGUGCGGACGCCGAAGCAGAAACUACAGCAACUGAUGUCCCAUCGGUUGCUGAAUCGACUCAGCCUGUAUCACCUGGUGAUGCAGGCGCUGGUCAUGAAGACACUCGUGUCUUCACAGAGUACGAGCUCGGUGUCUCGUACUCUCCUGAUACGGAUGACGGAUCCGUAUCGACGGCAAUUGAAUCCAAGCCGCCUGCCAAGCGUGGCAUGGACGAUGAUUCUUUGCGUCGCAGCAUCUUUGGUUCAUCUGAUGAGUCAGAUGAACCAUCGCCGAAGCGAAGGCGCUCGAGGUCGCGAGACUCGGGCGCUAAUAGUGGUGUCGUUUCUCCAAUGGACACCACUUCACAGCGAGGUGCCAGUACUUCUGUCGGCACGUCGCAGGAAGAGCGGGACCGCAAUGUGUUGCGUCUCGCUCCAGAAAAGAAGGGCAUGGAUGCCUCCUAA